AUGUCGCAAAACUGUGAACAUCCAUUUUGUAUUCGUUUCAUCGCGACAAAAUGUUCUAAUCAUUGUCAAUUAGAACUCUGUCAAGAACACUUGAUUGAACAUAAAAAUUUAUUUCUUGCUCAAUAUCAAAAAUCGUUUAAUAAUCUUCAUCAAUCAUUAAAUGACUUGGUUAAUUCAAUGGAAGAAAGAAAAAAAACUCUUGAUGACAACUAUCAAAAAGAUGUUUCGGUACUCAAUGAAAAUCAUCAUAUUCAAUUAGAUGAAGCAGAACGAAAAUUUUUAUUUGUCAAUGUAACACAAAAACUAAUCAAAAAGAAACUUCAACUUUUAACUGAUGUUAAAAAUGAUCAAGCUUUUCUAUAUCAAUACGAUAUUGAACAGAUUAAAUUAUACUUAACAACAAUGCAGGAAUAUCAUCGUGAUAAAAUAGCAACAAAAACUGAAAUUGGUGAAAAUGACUGCGCAAUGUCUUUAUCAUGGAGUGCUGAUGUUCAUUCAGAUAUUGAAGAUAUUCCUAAAUUAAAGACAAAUACAAACAAUGAAAAUAUCCUCAAAUUCCGUGGUCAAUGUCCUUUGAAUCGUCAUGGUAUAUAUGGUUUAACAAAUAAACAUAAUUUACGAUUAUGUUCAUCGAAAAAAAAAAUUACUGAGCUUUGUUUAAUUAAACAUUUUCAUCGCUAUCAUCAUUUAACACAAGAACUAUCAUUUAAAUUAACAAAAGCUAUACUUAAUAAAUUAGAUCCUGUUACAACAUGUAUUUUUCCACCUGACCUAGAUCUUAUGGAUCAAUACUAUCAUCCUAUAAAAUGUCCAUUAAAUCAAUUGAAAUUUGCUAAUAAAUGUGAAAGCACAUUUUUUAGAGAUUCAUUAAAAAAACAUUUGUUAUCAGUGCAUCAAUUAUCAUUACCAGCAGCUAUGAAAAUUAUUACAACAUUUAGAAAUCAAGGUGAUUUUAUGCAAGUUAAUCUUAAUGAAAAUGAAUUAAAAAAAAAAGGCAAAAAAUAA